UUAUGGAACUAUAUACAAAUAGGUGCGCCCACUAUAAAACAAAGUAUCAUACCCUGCCCAACUCACUAACCACAGAUUACUCACUUGAUAACAACAACAAUGGCUGCAUGCCUCUUAAUCCUAUGUUUGAUCCCUGUAGUUCUUGCUUUUUCCAUCUUGGCUUUCACAAGGAAGUCCAACAAUGGUCACAAAAACCUGGCACCAGGGAGCUUUGGAUGGCCUAUCAUGGGUGAAACCCUUGAGUUCCUAUUUGGGAAGCCAGAGAAGUUUGUGUUUGAUAGGAUGAAGAAGUACAACCCUGAUAUAUUCAAGACCAAGAUUCUUGGUGAGGAAACAGUAGUCAUAUGUGGGCCAAGUGGACACAAAUUCUUGUUCUCCAACGAGCAAAAGCUCUUCACUGCAUUUCGUCCUCAUUCUAUGCAAAAGAUAUUCCGUUCUUACCAAACGCAAACAGCUGCUCCAGUCCAAACCUCUCGCGAUGCUGAGUCCAAAAUCUUAAGGUCACCUGGGUUUUUGAAGCCCGAAGCAUUGGUGAGGUACUUGGGGAAAAUGGACUCUAUCACACAGCAACAAAUGCAAAGUUAUUGGGAAGGAAAUGAUGUAGUCAAGGCCUUCCCCCUUGCCAAGACUCUAACUUUGAGUCUUGCUUGUAGAUUUUUUCUGGGCACUGAGGAUCCUGAGCGAAUUGCUAGACUUGUUAACAAUUUUGAUGAUAUUACAGUUGGCUUGCAUUCAAUUCCAGUGAAGUUUCCAGGAACUAUAUUUUACAAAGCAAACAAAGCUGCUGCGGCAAUCAGAAAGGAGCUAAGGAGUGUUAUUCAGGAGAAGAAGUCUGCUAUUGCAUCAGGACAACCUAUGCAGGACAUAUUGUCACACAUGAUUGUUGUUACUGAUCCAUCCGGGAAGUACAUGCCAGAGGCUGAAGUUGCUGAUAAGAUUAUGGGUUUGAUUGUUGCUGGGUAUAGCACUGUGGCUACUGCCAUGACUUUCUUCAUGAAAUACGUUGGAGAGAGACCCGAAAUCUAUGAGAAAAUCCUAGCUGAGCAAUUAGAGGUGUCAGCUGCAAAAAAUCCUGGAGACUUUUUGGAGUGGGAUGACAUACAGAAAAUGAAGUAUUCAUGGAAUGUGAUAUAUGAAGUGAUGAGGCUCACACCACCACUUCAGGGUACUUUCAGGGAAGUCCUAACUGAUUUUACCUACGCUGGUUACACGGUUCCAAAGGGGUGGAAGGUAUAUUGGACAGUGAGUACAACAAAUAAGAACCCAGAGUUCUUUCCUGAGCCAGAAAAGUUUGACCCGUCAAGGUAUGAGGAUUCUAAUACAUUUCCACCGUUCACAUUUGUUCCAUUUGGUGGUGGACCUCGUAUGUGCCCAGGGAAAGAGUAUGCUCGGCUAGCAAUUCUCACUUUUGUUCACAAUGUGGUGAAGAAGUUUAAAUGGGAGGUGCUCCAUCCUGAAGAGAAGAUUAUAGGUGACAUGAUGCCAACUCCGGAGAAAGGACUUCCAAUUCGUCUUCGAAGUCACUAAAAAAUAUUGCUCUUUUAAUUUGUGUAAAAAAGAAAUAUUUCUUAUGCUAUUGGAGUUAUUUAAUUUCAUAUAAACACCUUAAUUUGAAGUCUGUUUAGAACACUCCAAAUGAAUGCGGCAUGUGGGCACUACAGUUACUUUUGUAAUUUUUGGCAUAAAACCCUCAAAUAAAAGAUAUUUGUCUAUUGCCAUUAUCAUUAAA